CAAAUUUUUUUUGACCGGCGAACGAGAAAGACGUGUGCGCGGACGUCGGCUCUUCGUACCGGCAAAACACACCUUCGAAUCGAAGCUCGAACGACGUAACGACGGCCAAGCCGGCACCCCGAAGUCGAGUGCGGCGUGCUAAUUGUGCAAGGGCGAAAAAAUUAAAAUUAAAAUAAUAAUAAUAGUAGUUCUGAGCCAAAGAGCAGAGCCCGAUAAACCAGUUCAUCUAAACUAGUUUGUGUAUGUGCGUGUGGGAAUAGCCAAAAAUAUACAGAAGAGGAAAGGAAUUUGGGCCGACAAGCAGACAAUAGCUAGGAGGCUGCGGCAGCGCGAGGAUUCAACUCCAGAAGUUGCUCGACCAGUUUUCGGAGUCGUCAUUGUGUGCGUUCGUGUGUCGCGGCUUAGUCUGUUUUGUGUUUUUAUUACCCGUGCCGAGGGAGCGCAGGAGGGGCAUGAGGAGGAGCAGCUAGUGACCACCAGAUAGAGCGAGAGAGCCAGCGCGAUGCCCUUCAUCCAGCGCGUGGUGCAGCCGGUGAACGUGGCCCAGGCCACCGCAGCCAGUCUGGGCCAUGCCGGCGGCCGUUUCCACUGCACGCCGGGCAAGUGCCGGAACAACAACUGCAUCAACAAGCAGUCCCCGGAUGCGGAGGCCGCCACCACCGCCCUGGGGUCGCCCACCUCCCUCACCCGGGCCCUGGUCCACAACCACCACAACGGGAUGGACGACGCGGAGGAGCCCCAGCCGCCGGCCGCCGCGCCCAUGAAGAAGCUGAAACAACACGUCGAGUUCCUCUCCACUUCGCCCACUCGCGUCCAGUCGCAGUCGCUGCCCAACUCGCGCCACCCCAGCCAGCAAAGGCCGGCGCUGGCCAGGAUCGCCAGCGCCCCCCAGUCGCCCACCGCCGGCGGAGCCUCCUCCAAGGUGAUAUCCGGGCACGAGUUCGACUCGAUCAGCAACAUCACCCUGAGCAACGCCCUGCGCCAGCUGGCCAGCCUGGUGCUCAUCGCCAGCGACAUCUUCGACGACCUGCAGCGGGACCUGCAGGCGGUGGGCGAGCGGGCGGGCCGCGUCCAGCGCAAGAUAGCGGCGGUGGAGCGACGCGUCUGUGCCUUUGACCCGAAAACGGUCACAGUUCCUGAAAGCGACCUGCUCACCUUCGCACAGCGCAAGCAUCACUUCGAGACGGACAAGUCAUUCCAGAAGGAGCUCUUCACCAGCGACACCCGACCCCUCAGCGUCCGCCAGCUCUACACGGAGGCCGGCAAGGAGCUGCCCGUCUCCGCCGGGGCCACGGCCGGAGCUCUGGCCUCCCUGGCCCAGUCCCAGGCCCUCACCCCGCCCCGCUCCAUAUCCUUCAACGACGAGGUCCUGUCCAGCGACAACGAAGUCCUGCAGCUGAAUGGCUCCGCGGGGGCCGAGGAUCAGCUCCUGUGCAUUUCCGAGUUCGGAAACGCCAACCGCAAGCUGCGCACGCGCAUCGACGCCGAAAUCGAGAUCCGCCUGCCCGCUGCCAUCGAGGAUCUGCGGAAGUGGACAUCCAGCGAGGCGCUGGGUGAUGUCACCGUCACGCCGGAUUGCAUGCACCACGUGGACACCUCGGUGAGCACCUCCCUGGCCAUCGGCGACAACGGCCUUCUGACCCCGGCCCUCUCUCCGUCCGUCCUCUCCGCCGACGCCGUGGACGCCCUGUACGCCCAGAACCUGAGCCAGGCGGCGGACAGCUCCCAGCACCACCAGUCCCGGAGCAACCACCACCCACAGGCCCUGCUGCCGAACGAUAUCAAUAAAGACGUGCCUUUGAAUCAUCGCCUGCCCUCGCCCGAGGAACAAACCAAACUGAUUGCCUUAAAAUACCCCGCCGAAGUGAUUUCGGUGAACACCAGCGGGAAGCACUUCCAGCGGAUGUGUGCGGCACGGAAGUCGACCACUGGAUGCUACGCCGGCGGCACCACCGCCGCCGGGUCCUCGAGCAGCGCCUCGCCGGAGAACGGCGGCCAGCCGGAGGGCAACAACCUGGACGACAACGUCCAGACCGUGAGCCGGCGCUCCAGGUCCCGCAAGGUGCGCGGCAAGCGGAGGAACACCAUAGCCGGAAUCGACCAGAAGGAGAUCCAGGACGCGGCCAAUGGCAAUGGGGAGUCGAAGAAUGCCUCGAACGCCACCUCGCCGGUGGCGCCCGCCUCCAGCCACCAGACGUCCGUCUCCGCCUCCGCCGCGGCCUCGGACGCCAAGAAGUCGUCGAAGAAGUUCGGCCGGAGCAAGUCCAGCGACAUCUUAAAAAAGGAAUCUGCUGCCUUGCCCUACGACAAGGGCAAGAGCACCCUCACCCGGCUCAACUCCCUCAAGCAGUGGGGCCGCAACCGGUUCAAGUUCAUGCAACGCACCGGGGACCUGGCCGCCGACCAGCUCGACACCAGCGGCUGCAGCUCCCACAACAGCAGCUCCUCGGGGGCCGAAAAGCAGGAACACCAUGGGGAAUCCGGACAUGGCGAGAAGCCCAAACGGGACAUCGACGACGAGUGUGUGGUGCACCAUUUGGUGGCCCAGAAGAGUGAAUCUCGGUUUUCGCACGAACGAAAGCCCUCGUAUUCCUCCUCGGAGAAGAGCAUGAGUGUGUCCAGCACCGGCCAGCUGAGAGGCAGACUCCAGCCGGUGGGCUCCGUGGCGGCGGCCCAUGUCAAGAUGCGGGAAACGGCCACCCUGAACCGCCAGAGGCGCAACGGCCUCCACGCCCUGGCCGGCAAGGAGGAGCAGCCGCACUCGUCCAGCGGCAACUGGAGUGCCAGCUCGGAAUCCGGCCGGGCCUCCAUCGGCAGCGAGAUCACCAUGCAGCCCAAGUCGAGUGCCUCGAGCACCUCUCUGAAUGUCUCCAGCUUCCAGCCGGGCGGAGCAGGCAGUGGCCCGCCUUCGUCCAUGCUGAGUAGGAGGCGUUUCCUGAACACCUCCGCCUCGAGCAGUGUGACCGGAAGCGAGGGAACUGCCACUCCGGAGCUCCAGGGCGAAGCUGGAGGCUAUCCCGGCCAUCUCGAUGACGAGACAAGUUCCGCCUACAGCUGCGACACCGAGGGCUACUACACCUCCUUCCACAUGGACAGCGGCCUGCGCACCCUCAAGGAGGAGGAGCCUUCGGCGGUGAACGGCACUCCGCUCCAGACCAGCCUGCACACCAGCAGCUACUCCUUCGGCAGCCAGUCCAACCAGACGGUGCUGAACGCAGAGAACGAGUACGAGCUGUUCGGCAAGGGGUCCACGUCGACGACCACCAGCUCGGCGGGCACGGUUUGCACGGUGGCUCUGCUGAGCGGAGCCGUGACCGGGCCGGAUGUCCCGGAACGUAGCAGUUCGCUGGGCAAGCAGAGUGGGCAGAGCCGGAGCCAGAGCACCAGUGCCAGCAGCAGCACCCUGGAAAGGAGCUACAGCAGCAGCACCAUAGGCAGCACCCUGGAACGCACCGGCACCAUUAAGAGGAACGUGAAGAUGUCCCCGGCCAAGGGUGGAUCUACGGAAAUCGAGGAGAAGGAGAUGGAGGAGAAGCGGCAGCAGGAGCAGGACCAGCAGCAGCUGGAGUUCUCGGAGAGCUCCGACCUGGAGGGAGUGGAGCGCAUAGAGCGCAUCAAGCAGAAGACUGCCAUAAGCUCCAAGAGGAUACCCUCCAUGUGCAUCAUCACGCCCACGACCAGCGACGACGACGAGCACCAGGCGAAGCGCGGCCAGGAGGAUCUGAACCGCACCCUGACCAUAGAAGUGGACCAGGAGGGCGAGGGCGAGGGCGAGGAGGAGCAGAAGACCCCCACAAACGCCAGCAAGGACCACAACCUGAACGAGCUUAAGCAGACGCCCACGAAAGCCCUGAGCGGGAUGUUCGAAAAGCUGAGGGUUAAGCUGGCGCCCGGCAAAAGCUCGCCCACCUCCGGAUCUGGUUCACUGCCAAGCCCCAAGCCCGCCAACUCGAGCGCCGUGAACAACGACGAGCUUUACGACUUGGCCGGCGAGUACGUCACCAUAGCCGACAUCAGCAACAACAACAACAACCAGAACCAACGACCCAAGGUGGCUGCCACGGGAAUGGGCAUUUACUAUUCCAAUGACAUAGUUACGCGGAGAGCGCCAGUGGCCGUUUCCGAGUAUGUGUCGUUGAACGAGCUGCCCCAGCACUUGCGUCGGCAUGCAGUCUCGUCGGAAACUCCGCCGAGAGAGAGCCAGAGCCGGGCCUGCGCACAACCACCCUUCGAGCGCGCGCCGGCAGCAGCAGCUGUCGCCGUCGCGGGGCAGCCGGAGCAACCACCACGGCAGCAACGAGCCACGGGGGCAGGCGGCGAGGGUGCUGGUAUACCAAUGUACGCGGAAAUCGGCGAGCUGAGCGAGGAGAAGCCGCUCGGCACGACGGCACAGCGACGACUGCGUCCGAACGCCGAGGGGAGGGUGGUCUACGACUCCGACAGUCUGAAGCGGCGCAAGGGUGCACACACCACCUUCGCACCUGGUCCGUACGUGAAGGAAACCGAAAGUGCGUACAGUGCAGUGCCAGCAGUUGCGGGAGAAAGUGCAACAUCCGCAGCAGCAUCCCAGAAAACCCCGAAACUCCUACUGUUGAGUGGCGGCAUUGUCAACCGAAAGGUGGCCAAUGUGAGGCCGAUUGUGGCCAAGUCCCCGCUCAGCCGUAUCAGCAGCAACAGUAGCGGCAUGGCUGCCUACCAGGCCGCCGGAGCCACGUACCAGGAGCAGAAGCAGAUCCUGGCCAACCGAACGAACCCCUUCUACGAGACCAUUGCAGCGCCCGUGGCCAGCCUGAUGAUGCCCUCGCCCUCGGGCAAGUCCAACUCCUCCACCGGUUCCGCAGCCACCAACAGUUCCUCCUCCGGCGAAGAAGGGUAUCAACGUUUCUCUAAUAUCUAUGAGCAAGUGCAGCCAGCACCGAACACUCAGCCCUCGGAGACAGUUGAGACUGCCUCGCCCUUCCAGCGCAGUGCGCCCAUCUACUGGACGCUGCAGAGCCGGCGCAGCCAGCCAAGGCCACAGCCCACGAGCGGCGUGACCUGCCGGGACGACCUCUAUGCCACGCCCAUACGCCGGGCCGACCGACUGCCGCGCCCAGUGGCGGCAGCAGCCGGAGACGGGAACCGCACCAACAUAUCGCCGAUCGUGCCAAGGAAUCGCAGCGGUGGCGCCUUCCUCACCUCCACGCCCACGCGAGGAGGCCUAGUCGGGGGAGGCGGCGAGGGAGAGAACUCCGGCGUCCAGGUGCCCCCCAUGAAGCAGCCCUCGAGGAACUGGAGCGAUGACUCUCCCGAGCGCCUGAAUACCUGUGCCGACCGAAUUGGUCAAAGCAAGACCACGCUGAUGGACUUCAAGAAGCUGCUCCUGGCCAAGUCCGCCAAGGCAAGUCCGGUCCAGCGCAAGGUCUCUGCCGUGGAGCUCCUCAAGAAGUCGUCUGCUGGAGCCAACCCACCCCCUCCCCAGCCGAAGCCAGUGACAGCGGUCCAGAAACUGGCGCCUGGAAAGCCCACCCUGAACUCCAGCCUCAAGCUGUUGGACUUGAGUGGAUCCCCCAAGACGUUUGCCAACCGGAGGAUGCUGCGCCAGGGACAGUUCGGUUCGCCCUCCAAGACUUUCGCGCCCAAAAUGCGGGGUCCCGUGAAUGCGGUGACUGCUGCAACGGCGCCAGCACGGACGGACAUCAUGUCCACCACCAUACCGGAGGCCAACAGCGAAGAGGACAACUCGAACACCAGCGGGGGCUCCAGGGCCAGUUCCGAGGCGGGGGAAACCAAGCCCACCCUCUCCACCUACGACUUGCGGCGGAACUUCUUCCUGCAAACCGAGGAGAACAAUUUUAUGCGCGGGGAAUUGAAGUCGAGCUUUGCCAGGUCAACAAACGGAGCAGGAGUAGGAGCCACGGGAGCGGGCUCAGCAGCGAGUGGGGCCAUCGGAGGAGCUGCCAGCGCGGAGAGCAACAAGUGCGUGCCGGUUCCGGUGACGAAUCCAGCGCUGCCAUCGUUUGAGACGGCUCUGUAGAGGAAUCGGGUCCAACCCACUUCUGAAGCCAGGAGGCAGAUAGAUAUACACAUAUACAUA